AAAGAGCAAACCAAAAUGGAGGGCGGUUCGAUACUCCAUGCUUUCACUAACAUUUAUUUUGCUAUUUUUGCUUUGUUUUGCUUCAAGCUUUUAAUCAAGAUUUCCUUGGCUCUGCUGACCCAUUUCUAUAUUGUUAAAGGCAACAGAAAAGAGGCUGCCAGGAUAGCAGAAGAGAUCUAUGGAAUAGUCCCAGGCAGCUGGGCAGACCGAUCCCCUCUCCAUGAGGCUGCCUUCCAAGGACGCCUCCUCUCUUUGAAAACCUUGAUUGCCCAGGGUUUCAACGUGAACCUGGUGACAACAGACCGUGUGUCGGCUCUCCACGAGGCCUGCCUGGGUGGCCAUGUCGCCUGCGCAAAGGUGCUGCUGGAGAACGGUGCUCAGGUCAACGCAGUCACCAUUGAUGGGAUCACUCCUCUGUUUAACGCCUGCUGCAGUGGCAGCGUGGCCUGUGUCAACAUGCUGCUCGAAUUUGGAGCCAAACCACAGCUCAGAAACCACCUCGUCUCACCCAUUCAUGAAGCAGUCAAGAGAGGUCACAGGGAGUGCAUGGAGGUCCUUCUGGCCCAUGAGGUUGACAUUGACCAAGAAGAUCUGCAGCACGGGACCCCUCUCUACGUGGCUUGCAUGUACCAGAGAACAGACUGUGUCAAGAAGCUUUUGGAGCUAGGGGCCAACGUUAACAUGGGGAAGCUAUUAGACACCCCCCUUCACGCAGCAGCAAGAAAAUCCAGCGUGGAGGUAGUCGUCUUGUUGACAGACUAUGGUGCUAACCCAAAAUGCAGAAAUGCUGAACUCAAAUGUCCCCUGGAUCUUGCUGUACCCAACAGCAAAGUGGAGCAGGCGCUUCUGCUUCGGGAAGGUCCUGCUAGCCUUGCCCAGCUGUGCCGGUUGUGCAUCAGAAAGCAUCUGGGUCGGUCGUGCCUAUAUGCAGUCCACAAGCUGCACCUGCCUGAGCCACUUGAGAACUUUCUUCUUUAUAGAUAAGUCUGUGAUUAUCUUUACACAGGAAAAAGUAAGAGGAACAAAUGGUUUUUUACUCCAAAAAUAUUAUAUCAAAGAAAAAAAAUCAAAGACAUCAUUUACUGUCUACUGUGGAUACCAAACAUUAGUUGCUACGUGACAGUACAAAUUGAAAACAGCUUUUCACUGUGAAUGAUGUUAUAGAUACAGUUCCCCCAGUCUAUUUCCAAACCCACUUACACCAGCUGUAGUGUUGUACCAGUUGUAGUAUAUGGACAGCUCACUUGACAGGUGUUUGUAGAUGCACAUGCAACAUCCACCCACCCACAGACACAUAUAAAGAUUUCCCCUGCAUUUGGUGUUAAAUUUAUUCAUGUAGUAUCUCUGCAGCUUCUUCAUGCCUUGCCAUCUCUUUUCUGUAGUCUAGUGGAGUCGUAGAAACUUCCAGCAGGCUCUAAUGGUCCAGCCACUUUAUGUCCCCUCAUUCUGAGCUCCAUUGCACCCAAUCCUAACACAUCUUGUCCUCUGAAGUGAAAGUGAUGUUACCAAAGCAGGUGUAGGAUUUGGGAGUAAACCCACAAAAAUGUGUGAAAGUCUUAAAAAAAUCUUCAUCUCUUCUAAAAAAAUCCCUCCUAAGUUACAUAACCUGAGAUCUGGCUGUGUUCAUUACAUGAAUAAUUUUUCUUAUCUUAAUUCCAGGACAGAACUGCAAAUAUUUUCAUAGGCCCAGUAGUUCAGCUUUCAAUGUCUGUCCUUUGCAAGGUUUAAAGAAGGGCAAAGAAUGAGUUGCUGCUCUUCUGUGCUUUGCAUGCUUUGACCUUUCUCAAAAUACAUCCUCCGACUGUACAGCAGGAGAGAAGCAGAGCCCCUAAGGAUGAUUGUGCAUCACCCAAAUGUUCUCCUUGUUGGAUAUUGCUCACCGGGAGAAGUUUGCAGGCUUGUCUGCUCCCUUGUCCCCUACUCCAGAGGCUUUCAUUACAUCCCUCGGAGAAGGGUUUUUUAGUAUAUCCUGACUUUGCCCAUUGUGGGAUUCGUUUAAAGAUCAUCAGGGUUAUUAGCUUGGACACAGAAGAGCUAAAAAAUGUGCACCACUUUGAGCUGAGAAAUGUGGGGUCCAGUGGCUGGUGCAAUGCCUGCACGGCUCUGCAAAGGUUUGUUUAUUUUUCCUGUGGAGGUUGUGCUGAGGCAAGAAAUGUUUCUUCAGACCCCUGUUUUGGGAAACUUCUGCUAUGACACAAGGCAACGGUGUUUCUCUAGUUGUAGUAAAAUGAGAAGUAAGAGUUAAAAGGAGAGUCUGUCUCCAUUUAGCUCAACUUCACAGAUCCAAGAGGCUGGUGACACGUUUUCAGGCUAUGUGAUGUAGUGGUUUUGUUAUGAGCUAUGCAUGCUGCUACCAAUUUUCACUGCCCAUACAUCUUAAGUCAGGGGGAACUGGCCUGCUGGAGCCUGAACACGGGACUGCUUCCAUCAGUCUUUGAGCUCCUGUCCCUGGUCCAGCAGCAGCAGCCUCUCUGGUUCGAUGCUAAUCCCUUAAUUUCACCGUGACAGCUUCCCUCUCUGAGACAUAGGUCUAAUGUACUUUCUUAAGAUUAAUUCAGCACAAUAAGAUAAAUUGUGCUCCCAGCAGUUCAUGAGACUGGACCUGCAGUGUUAUAGCCAAAAAUGAAUGUAGUUUUCAGCCUGUGUUUGCACAUAUUGAAUGCUAUCUGACGGCAGGAGCUAUUGCCCAUAAAGUUGUCAGGGACAUGAAUGACCUUGUAUAGUACAGCACAUCAUGAAUCUCAGAGAUUUAAACUCUAUAUUCUCAAGAGCCUCUGAAAAUCAAAUACUAUCAAGCAAGAAAUGUCUAUAUCAAUCUGAUGUCAACAAAUCUCUCUCAGUCUUAUCUUUACUGCCAGCUCACCUGCUCUGUUUGUACGGGGGCAGGCAGAAUGCCAUCCACUAUCUUAAUAGGGAGAAAGAGCCUCAGCUGUGGGGGUUGUCAGACUUGCAUUGCAAUCCAGGAGCCAAGGCAAUUUAUGGGAUCUAUUUCAGAAUGUGUAAUGAUGAAUUGAUUUCCUAUUGCAAUCAUCGGUGAAAGCACUAUUUCACUUGCAUAGGAUUUUAAAUUGAAAAAAUGUAUCUCCAUUAAGGAAAUGCAAAGUCUAUGCAGCCUCUCAGAAAAGUUUAUGUUAAGAAGCAGCAGAAGUUGCCCUAUAUUUAUUGCUGAUAUUAGCUUCCCAUCAAAAAAUCACCUCACCUUUGCUUCCUCCUGGAGAGAGCAUUCUUCCUGAAGUUCUGUAUAUCAAAGAGUCUGGAGGGAAAAGAGUCUUAAUAAAUCAGAAGAGAAGCUCAGAAGUCCUGAUGGUAAGAAAUUUCAUUAGAAACUUUCUUGCUCUUAUCUCAAAAGAUUAAGUUACCCAUUUAACUUUCAUUGACUGUGCUUUGUGUUCUAACAAUGCACGGAAAUAUUACUGAGGAAAUAGCUGGAGAAGUUAUUUCAUUUUUUUCUUUGCAAAUAUGCUGUCUCAUAUGAGGAUAGGGAAAGACUGGUACAAUUUUCUAGGAGACUACUGAAUCUUGUCAGUGAUUUUUCAGCAUGAGUUUGAAAAGCAUCCGUCAGAUGUGGAUACAGCAGCUUUCCCCAGGCAGAAAAAGGGCUGACUAAGCUCACAAGAUCUCUUUCCUUCAAACAGGUGGCAUCUUCUCUGUCAUUCUAUGAUCAUUGACAGAAACCAGUUGUUUGGGUAAAAUAUGGGUUUCCCAGUAAAAAAGACAUUUUUCUGUGCUGCAAUGUCCGUUGCUAUACCAGAUCUGUAUGACUUCCAGCAACUGCCAGUACCAUCUGCUUCAGUGAGAAGUGCUGCGUGUCUCAACAGGAGUAAUUACACAAUAUCCUGGAUAUUGAAAAAAUUCUGAACUGCAAACAGUUACUGAUUCUGAAUGCAGACACUGACUUGCAGCAUAAAGUGUGAGCUUGGGCUGUGGAUGCUCACUAAGCAUAAAGUCCUUGGUCCUGGGAAUAUUUUGCAGAAGUGUCUUACAUUGGUUACUGAUGUACAGUGUAAAACCAAAAGACUUCCUUUUACCGUUCUCAAUCUGUUGAUUCAUGAGACAUCCAGUGUGGACUCUGAAAUGCCAGUGAUGAGGACCUCACAGAUCUCAGCCUAAUCAAAUAUUGACUUCAGGCUAUCAAUCAUUACUCAUUAUAUCUCUACCCUUGCUCAUAAUCCAAAGCAAAACAAAAUUAAAUGGGCCCUGUCUUUAUCAUUACUCUAAAGUAAGCAGUCUUCAUAUCUACAUUCUUUUUACCAGCAGAUGUAUUCCCAUGUCUCAAAACAUCUUUGCAAUCCUUUUUUUUAGUCCUGGCUGUACCUUUUCUCACACCACUAAGCUGCAUAUUCAUAGGCAUGUCUGUCUUGAUCAUCUUUCUCCUGGAUUCAUAUAUUUCUCCUGUAUCACUAAGAAAAUAAUUUUUAGUUUCCUCUUUGAGGAGUCUAACUCUUCAACAGUAGGCAUUUUAGCCAAGGUCAACCUGUCUCCUUGUUGUCUGUGUUAUUUUUCUUGCUCACCAGGCUGCUGUGUUGGGUUUCCCCCCUCCAAACCUGCAUAUCUCAGCCCUUCAAGCCCCAGGGGAGGGCACUGGUGUUUUGAGAGCCGUCACCCUAUGGCAUGUGUCCUGCUCACAGGCUUCUCAGCUGACUGCAUCCUUUAGGGAGAAAGGUUGUACUGGCCACCAUGUUCAUGCAGAGCUGGAGAAAGUAAUUUUGCUGUCUGGGCUAUCUCCAGUCACAGCACCUCUACUUGCUGACUGGCUGGCUGCACAUAGCUGGUUUUCUCUGUGUUUGAUCACAGCAGGAGACAUGCUGCUGUUGUUCACUGCUUGCACUAAUUUGUAAAGACAGUUGUGGCGAUGCUCAUCUUGCUCCCCCCUUGUUGCUAUCUCAAUGCCCUGGCCUAAAACCUGGCUCAACAGGCUUCCUUGGAACUUUAGAGGACUUUUUC